ACCAACCCUUCGUAUCUGGAGCCGAGCCUGGGGCGCUCGUGGGUCUGCAGCAUGAACGUCCCUGCCGCGACCCCCAUCUUCGUUCCUGGAGAGAACUGCAAGCCCGCAUGGCUGACGGCGCCCGCGUCCUAUGAUGCGUCGGACACGCACCUGCAGAUCCUGGGCAAGCCAGUAAUGGAGCGCUGGGAGACCCCCUACAUGCACGCGCUGGCUGCCGCCGCCGCCUGCAGAGGGGGCCGGGUCCUAGAGGUGGGUUUCGGCAUGGCCAUCGCAGCAACCAAGGUGCAGGAAGCCACCAUCGAUGAGCACUGGAUCAUUGAGUGCAAUGACCGAGUCUUCCAGCGGCUUCAGGACUGGGCUCAGCAGCAGCCACACAAGGUGGUUCCCUUGAAAGGCCUGUGGGAAGAGGUAGCACCCACUCUGCCAGAUGGUCACUUUGACGGGAUCCUGUAUGACACGUAUCCACUGUCCGAGGAAACCUGGCACACGCACCAGUUCAACUUCAUCAAGGGCCACGCUUUUCGCCUGCUGAAGCCAGGGGGCGUCCUCACCUACUGCAACCUCACUUCCUGGGGGGAAUUGAUGAAGUCCAAAUACUCCAACAUCAACACUAUGUUCGAGGAGACGCAGGUACCAGCACUGCUAGAGUCGGGCUUCCGGCGGGAGAACAUCCACACACAAGUGAUGGAACUGGUCCCACCUGCCGACUGCCGAUACUAUGCCUUCCCGCAGAUGAUCACACCCCUGGUCACCAAGCACUAAGUCUGGCAGACACAGGCUCAGCCACCUAUGCACCACCCCCCCCAGCCCAGUGCCUUUGUGGCUGGGAGCUCAGGCUCUGACCUCACAGCCCAGCUUCUAGUUGAGGCAGCACCAACUUUGUGACCCCAGCCAUCUUCCCUAACAUCUUCAAGGGGAUCAGUACCAGCCUUCUGGGGUCAUGGGGAUGAAAUAAAUGCUAACACUGGGCCA